GGCUCCGGACGGGACCGCGAGCACAGGCCGCUCCGCGGGCACUUCGGAUCCUCGCGGGACCCCACCCCCGCCCAGCCUGCCCAGCCCGCUGCAGCCGCCAGCGCGCCCCGUCGGCAGCUCUCCAUCUGUACGUCUCUCCGUGAACCCAGUGAGCGGUGUGCAGCCACCAUGUUCAGCUGGCUGAAGCGGGGCGGGGCACGGGGCCAGCAGCCCGAGGCCAUCCGCACGGUGACCUCGGCCCUCAAGGAGCUGUACCGCACGAAGCUGCUGCCGCUGGAGGAGCACUACCGCUUUGGAGCUUUCCACUCGCCGGCCCUGGAGGACGCAGACUUCGACGGCAAGCCCAUGGUGCUGGUGGCCGGCCAGUACAGCACGGGCAAGACCAGCUUCAUCCAGUACCUGCUGGAGCAGGAGGUGCCCGGCUCCCGCGUGGGGCCUGAGCCCACCACCGACUGCUUUGUGGCUGUCAUGCAUGGGGACACUGAGGGCACCGUGCCUGGCAACGCCCUCGUCGUGGACCCAGAGAAGCCCUUCCGCAAACUCAACCCCUUCGGAAACACCUUCCUCAACAGGUUCAUGUGUGCCCAGCUCCCUAAUCAGGUCUUGGAGAGCAUCAGCAUCAUCGACACCCCGGGUAUCCUGUCGGGUGCCAAGCAGAGAGUGAGCCGCGGCUAUGACUUCCCGGCCGUGCUGCGCUGGUUCGCGGAGCGCGUGGACCUCAUCGUCCUGCUCUUUGAUGCGCACAAGCUGGAGAUCUCGGACGAGUUCUCGGAGGCCAUCGGCGCGUUGCGGGGCCAUGAGGACAAGAUCCGCGUGGUGCUCAACAAGGCCGACAUGGUGGAGACGCAGCAGCUGAUGCGCGUCUACGGCGCGCUCAUGUGGGCGCUGGGCAAGGUGGUGGGCACGCCCGAGGUGCUGCGCGUCUACAUCGGCUCCUUCUGGUCCCAGCCUCUCCUCGUGCCGGACAACCGGCGCCUCUUCGAGCUGGAGGAGCAGGACCUCUUCCGCGACAUCCAGGGCCUGCCCCGGCACGCCGCCUUGCGCAAGCUCAACGACCUAGUGAAGAGGGCCCGGCUGGUGCGGGUUCACGCUUACAUCAUCAGCUACCUGAAGAAGGAGAUGCCCUCUGUGUUUGGGAAGGAGAACAAGAAGAAGCAGCUGAUCCUCAAACUGCCCGUCAUCUUUGCGAAGAUUCAGCUGGAACAUCACAUCUCCCCUGGGGACUUUCCUGAUUGCCAGAAAAUGCAGGAGGUGCUGAUGGCGCACGACUUCACCAAGUUUCACUCGCUGAAGCCGAAGCUGCUGGAGGCGCUGGACGAGAUGCUGACACACGAUAUCGCCAAGCUCAUGCCCCUGCUACGGCAGGAAGAGCUGGAGAGCACCGAGGUGGGCGUGCAGGGGGGCGCUUUUGAGGGCACCCACAUGGGCCCGUUUGUGGAGCGGGGACCUGACGAGGCCAUGGAGGAUGGCGAGGAGGGCUCGGAUGACGAGGCCGAGUGGGUGGUGACCAAGGACAAGUCCAAAUACGACGAGAUCUUCUACAACCUGGCACCAGCUGACGGCAAGCUGAGCGGCUCCAAGGCCAAGACCUGGAUGGUGGGGACCAAGCUCCCCAACUCGGUGCUGGGGCGCAUCUGGAAGCUCAGCGACGUGGACCGCGACGGCAUGCUGGAUGAUGAGGAGUUCGCGCUGGCCAGCCACCUCAUCGAGGCCAAGCUGGAGGGCCACGGGCUGCCCACCAACCUGCCCCGUCGCCUGGUGCCACCCUCCAAGCGACGCCACAAGGGCUCCGCCGAGUGAGCAGGCCCCCCUUCCCAUGGCCCUGCUGUGGCUCCCCAGCUCCAGUUGGCUGCACGCACAUCCCUGCCCCGGCUCACACACGCCCUGCCUGCCCUCCCUGCCCAGCUGUAAGGACCGGAGAUCUCCCUCCCAACUACCGCCAGACACUCCGGUGGAAGCAUUUAGAGGAGACCACAGGAGGGACAAGGCUUCUCUGUCCACCCUUCACACUUCCAGCCUCACGUUCACUUAGGCACAUCACACAGACACUGGCAUGCACAGGCAUCCAUCCAUCUGUCAUUCAUUCAAAUAUUUAUUGAGCACCUACUAUGUGCCCAGCCCUGUUCUAGGCACUGGGCAUUACCAUAGAGAAUAGACAAAUACAUCUGCCCUCAUGGAAGGUGACAUUCCCAGGAGAGGGCAUCUACAGUCACACGAACACACAUUAAUUCCUGGCAGGACCCCAGCCCCUCCCCUGGGUGAGCAGCCCUGUGGUUGAAAUGACUAACAGAUAAACAGACCCCCUUCUGCUCCGCUUACUCCUGCCCAGCGAGGCAACACCCUCAACCCGCUCCAUCACAUCCUCAGGUCUCGGGACCAUGGGGGGCUCAGAGGGGAGACACACCUACUGCUUCCUCAGAUGGGCCCCUCCGCAGCCCCUCCCCUUGCUCGGGGAAAGCCCCCAAUUCUGCCCACACCCAUUUAUUUCCUUCCUUCCUUCCUUCCUUUUUUUUUUUUUUGUCUUUGCCCCCAAUUCUGUCCACACCCAUUUCCUCCCUUCCUUUCUUUUCGGUCUUUCUUUUUUUUGAUGGAAUCUUGCUCUGUCGCGCAGGCUGGAGUGCAGUGGUGAGAUCUCAGCUCACUGCAACCUCCACCUCCUGGGUUGAAGUGAUUCUCGUGCCUCAGCCUCCUGAGUAGCUGGGACUGCAGGCACGCGCCACCACGCCCAGCUAAUUUUUGUAUUUGAGUAGAGACGGGGUUUCACCAUGUUGGCCAGGCUGGUCUCGAACUCCUCAUCUCAGGUGAUCUGCUUGCCUCGGCCUCCCAAAGUGCUGGGAUUACAGGCAUGAGCCACCGUGCCCGGCUUCACACCCAUUUCUUUAAAAAGGAUCCCGUAGCAGGCAGAAAAGCCCCUUCCAUCCUGCUCUUCCGAGACUGUACCCCCUUGUAGGUAUUUCCGUCCUCCACCCACGUGUCCCUGGCUGGAAAUGCCCAGCCUGCUCCUGGCUCCCUUGAAGCCUCCCCACAGCUGGUGGUCUGGACUUAAGGAUUGCUGGGCCACCGCCUCUCUGCCCACCACCAUUCCAUAUUUAAGUGGAACCCCUAUGUAGAAAGGCCCCGGGGCUUUAUUUUAGUCUCCUUUUCAGGGAUGUCGUGGGUGGGGGAGGGGGGUUCUUGGUGCUACAGCCCUCUCCCCACCCCUAAAGGGACCCCGACGCAGUUUGCUGCCUUCACCACGUAUUAGUGCUUGACCCUGGAGGGGACCCCAUGGAAAAGAUGGGGAAGAGCAAAAUACAUGGAGACGACGCCCCCUCCAGGAUGCUCACUGGGAUUCCCACGCCCACCAUUGUCCCCCACCCCGUGGCUGGGAGGGGCCUCUGAACGGAACAGUGUCCCCACAGAGCGAAUAAAGCCAAGGCUUCUUCCCA